AUGAAAAAAAUUAUUAUUUUCUGCCUGAUUUUAGCUAUUAUUUUCUGUAAAUGUAAUCUAUUAAAAACAGAAUAUCCUAAUCCUUCUAAGAACCUAAUUACUUUUAAGCUAAAUGACAACUUUAAAACUAACGCUACGCUAAGUUAACUUGGAUAAGUUUAAAUGCAAAUGAAUUUGUUUUCGUAGGAAACAUAUUUCACUUCACCUGACUGUGUUAAUUGUCAAAUAUAUGGUACUAAAGAAGAUAGACCAUUUAUUUGUAAUAAAGAAGAAUACUGUGUUGAACAUUUAUAAGCAAUAGGAGAUGUUGACUAAUACUUCAAGGCUAAUGGAUCAGUAAUUGACAUGAAUCUUAUAUUAGAUAGCAUUGAGUUUUAUUUAUCAAGGGGAAUCUAUGUAAAGUGGAUAAGUUAAUAAUAGUAGGGUAAAACAUACCAAUAUCAAGGAAUAGGUUUAGCAUUAACUAACUGUGUCUAAAGUACUUUUUUGCGCUCUCUUUAUAACUAAGCCAAGAUUGAGAAUUUUUCUUACUCACUUUAUUAUGAAGUUGAUUCAUAUAAUUUAAUUGUAGGAGGAUAUAAUCAAAGCUUAUUAGCUUAGGAAUUUUAUAAUCUCAAGUCUGUAUCUGAAAGAAGAAGUGACCCUUAUAGGAUAGCUGAUGAUUUAGUUUUUGCUGAUUUAUAUUUUAACGAAUAAAAUAUUUUGAAAGAUGCUCAAGUUUUAUUAGACCCAACUAUUGAUGGAAUAAUUUUACCUCGUAAAUUAUUUGAUUAAAUGAAUAAUAUACUAUUAACUUAAAGAAAAGUUCCUGAUAUUUCUGCGUUCCUACCCGAAUAACCAGGCAUAUGGUCAAGUUUGAAUGCAGUUCCAAGCUUUUAAAUUUAAUUCAAGCUUGAUGACCCCGAUGCUUAUUCUAAAUAUCUAAAAGUCAACUUUGAUGCUCUAACAUUUAACACCAAAAAUCAAAGAGGAUAAUUUACACCAAGAAUUUCUUUUGUCAAUAUAAUAGAUGAAAAUAAUUAGUUUUACAAUGUUGUUAGAGUUGGUAAAAUUUUAUUCUAAUAGAUGAUGUAUUUCAAGUUCAUACAAAUUGAAGAUUAAACAUAAAAAACUGAGUUCAGAGGAUUAGCUCCGAUGAUUAAAAUUCAAUAAAAAUGA